AUGAGGAGGACAGAACAGGGCAGAGUGACAUAUGAGGAGGACAUAACAGGGCAUAGUGACAGAUGGGGUGCACAUGACCUACAGGCCCUAGGUGCACCUGAACUCCACCCUCUAGGCGCACCAGACCUCCACCCUCUAGGUGCACCAGACCUCCACACUCUAAGUGCACCAGACCUCCACCCUCUAGGUGCACCAGACCUCCACCCUCUAUGUGCACCAAACCUCCGCCCUCUAGGUGCACCAUACUUCCUACUAUUUGGUGCACCAGACUUCAACCAUCUAGAUGCACCAGACCUCCACCCUCAAGGUGCACCAGACCUCCACCCUCUAGGUGCACCAGACCUCCACCCUCAAGGUGCACCAGACCUCCACCCUAUAGGUGCACCAGACCUCCACCCUGUAGGUGCACCAGACCUCCACCCUCUAGGUGCACCAGACCUCCACCCUCAAGGUGCACCAGACCUCCACCCUAUAGGUGCACCAGACCUCCACCCUCUAGGUGCACCAGACCUCCACCCUCAAGGUGCACCAGACCUCCACCCUAUAGGUGCACCAGACCUCCACACUCUAAGUGCACCAGACCUCCACCCUCUAGGUGCACCAGACCUCCACCCUCUAUGUGCACCAAACCUCCGCCCUCUAGGUGCACCAUACUUCCUACUAUUUGGUGCACCAGACUUCAACCAUCUAGAUGCACCAGACCUCCACCCUCUAGGUGCACCAGACCUCCACCCUCAAGGUGCACCAGAACUCCACCCUAUAGGUGCACCAGACCUCCACCCUCAAGGUGCACCAGAACUCCACCCUAUAGGUGCACCAGACCUCCACCCUCUAGGUGCACCAGACCUCCACCCUCAAGGUGCACCAGACCUAUACCCUCUAGGUGCACCAGACCUCCAUCCUCUAGGUGCACCAGACCUAUACCCUCUAGGUGCACCAGACCUAUACCCUCUAGGUGCACCAGACCUCCAUCCUCUAGGUGCACCAGACCUCCACCCUGUAGGUGCACCAGACCUCCACCCUCUAGGUGCACCAGACCUCCAUCCUCUAGGUGCACCAGACCUAUACCCUCUAGGUGCACCAGACCUCCACCCUAUAGGUGCACCAGACCUCCACCCUCUAGGUGCACCAGACCUCCACCCUCUAGGUGCACCAGACCUCAACCCUCAAGAUGCACCAGACCUCCACCCUGUAAGUGCACCAGACUUUCUACCAAUAGGUGCACCAGACCCCCACCCUUUAGGUGCACUAGACCUACACACUCUAGGUGCACCAGAUCUCCACCCGCAAGGUGCACCUGACCACAAUUUUCUAAGUACAUUUUAA